AUGCAUUUCAUCAAUGUCCACACGAAUCUGCUGAUCACCUUCUUCCUCAGAAAGAGCGUUCUGGCAGCACCAACUGGAGAUCCUCUUCUUGGUUACAACCCUUCAAACGUUGUCAUCAACCAAGAUACCGACAAUCUCAACUAUGAACUUGCACCAGGCCAAACAGAUCCAGCAACUGUAGGCGCUUAUCUGGAUUUCAGCACAAUUCAGAACCCUCAACCCAUCCGAGGCUCCAAAGGUGGCACUGACCCAGGCCCAAGAACUUCACCAUACGAUAUCCUUAAUCCCGAUAAACUUGCACCUCCGGGCACAGACCAUGGAAGUGUGAGUAAUGCACAAUGGCCUAUGGGACUCAGUCAUGCGAAGCUAGGACUCGACCACGGAGGAUGGUCGAGACAGCAAAACGUUGACAAUAUACCUGUUGCCACAGAAAUGGCAGGCGUAGAUAUGCGUUUGGAGGAGGGCGCGUACCGCGAAUUACAUUGGCAUAAGGCGGCAGAGUGGGCUUACAUCUUCAAUGGGAGUGUGAGACUUCAAGCUGUUAAUGAUGAAGGCCAGACCUUUGUCGAUGAUUUGAGUGCGGGUGAUGUUUGGUAUUUCCCUCCAGGCGUGCCACACUCUCUGCAAGGAUUGAAGGGCGGAGUAGAAUUUCUCUUGGUCUUCGAUGACGGAAGCUUCUCCGAAGACAAUACCUUCUUGGCUUCAGAAGUCUUUGCACAUAACCCAAUUGAAGUCCUUUCCAAAAACUUCCAACUUCCCAAAUCUGCCUGGUCCGAUAUCCCUUCUGGAGAACUCUUCAUUUUCCCCGGCACAAAGGCUCCCACCGAUAUAGCCGAACAGAACAUCACCGGCUCAGCUGGUCUCGUGCCUAAAGAAUUCUCCUACUCGUACCAUCUCUCUAAAGCCCCUCUGACACACGAUACCCCCGGCGGAACGAUCAAGAUACUCGAUCCAAAAUCCUUUCCUCUCGCAGCUCAAUUUUCUACCGCAAUCGUAACUCUGCAUCCUGGAGCUAUGCGCGAAAUUCACUGGCACACCACAAGCGAUGAAUGGAACUUCUUCAUAUCUGGUAGUGCGAGAAUUAGUAUAUAUGCAGCUCAGGGGCUAGCAAGAACAUUCGAUUAUCGUGCGGGUGAUUGUGGAUAUAUCCCCAAGGGAAUGACGCAUUAUGUUGAGAAUACAGGGAAUGACGAUGUGAUAUUCAUUGAAGUUUUGCAGGCAGAUCAUUUCUCGGAUAUUUCGGUCGGCCAAUGGGUUGGUUUGACGCCCAAGCAGAUUGUAGCUGAUACGCUCAACUUAUCCAACGAGACGGUGUCGGCUUUUAAGAAGGAGAAGCAAUAUAUUGUGACAGGUGAUGUCCCGGAGUGA